GGUAGCCAGCCUCUUUCGGCCUUUAAAAGCAGCAGGAGUCCAAAGUUACACAGGAUUAUCACAGAGGCCCAUCCGUGGUCCACAAGAGGAUGUCUUUGACCCUACUUUGCUCACUUAUUCUGCUGGCUUGUGCCUUGACCCCGAGUAUUGGUCAAACCACCUGCAGAGGACGAUGUGGUGUUGAGUACUACAGAGGCUACCUGUGCCAGUGUGACUAUAGCUGCAUGGCCUACGGAGAAUGCUGCCUCGACUUUGAAGCUCAGUGCACCACAAAAAACUCCUGUAGAGGUCGAUGUGGGGAAACAUUCAAGAGGGGCCAACUGUGUAGCUGCGACUCUGAUUGUGUUAAAUACAGUCAGUGCUGUCCAGAUUACAAGAUCCACUGUGACGCAGAAGAGCAAACUCUGAAUGAAGCAACACCGCCAUCUUCAACGGAGGGACACGAUGAAGAUAAUUAUGAUGUUCCACUGGUGAGUCCAACAUCCAGUGCACAAGAUGAUUCAAAUAAUGAUAUACACACCGAGGCCAUACCAGAUGAUGGAUUCCCCAACAAUGAGGCUCCAGGGGAAAGUCCGAACCCAGAGAGCAAGAGCGGGGAUGUCACCACUCAAGCCACCUUGAUCACAGUCACUCCAGAGGCGGGCUCAGAGGCAGCUACGGUGGUUUCUACAACAGCGACCACUCCCUCUGAGAACAAACCAACUGAGGUCAAGUCAACCACGUUUGACAUGGCUGAGGAGGUCACACCUACCCAGAGUGCAGAUGUCUAUGAUGCUACCACUUUACCAGACUCAGGAGCAACUCCGCAACCCACUACAGCAGUUGAGCAGGUCUCCAGCGAACCAACGCCAACCUUAGCAAACAAACCAGAACCUUCUCCCACAGCAGACACCGUACCACAGGAGACGACAUCCCUGGCACAGACUGUUGGUCCAACUGAAGCUACACAAGCAGCAGUUACACCCUCAUUUUCCGCCACAACUUCAGAACCCUCACAAGACUCCUCUACAACUCCAGUACCACCAGAACCCUCACAAGACUCCUCUGCAUCUUCAGUACCACCAGAACCCUCACAAGAACCCUCCACAACGCCAGAACCACCAGAACCUUCACAAGAAUCCUCCACAACGCCAGUACCACCAGAACCCUCACAAGACUCCUCUGCAUCUUCAGUACCACCAGAACCCUCCACAACGCCAGUACCACCAGAACCCUCACAAGAAUCCUCCACAAUGCCAGUACCACCAGAACCCUCACAAGAUUCUUCUGCAACUCCAGUAACACCAGAACCCCCACAAGACUCCUCUGCUUCUUCAGUACCACCAGAACCCCCACAAGAAUCCUCCACAACGCCAGUACCACCAGAACCCUCACAAGAAUCCUCCACAACGCAAGUACCACCAGAACCCUCACAAGAUUCUUAUGCAACUCCAGGACCACCAGAACCCCCACAAGAAUCCUCCACGCUUGUACCAGCCGAACCCUCACAGGACUCUUCUGCAUCUUCAGUAUCACCAGAACCCCCACAAGAACCCUCUAAAACUCCAGUACCACCAGAAGCCUCCCAAGACCUCUCCACCAAUUCUGCACCCCAAGAACCCACACCAGAGUCCUCUGAUGCAAUUACGACUUCAGUGCCUUCAGAACUCACCCAAGAGUCCUCCACAGCCUCCAACACAAUCACAACCUCAGUGCCUUCAGAACCCAUUACAGAGUCUUCCAGAGAUGCAGGAAGCUCUGAGGCCACCAUCCCUGAUUCAACAACAAUGGUCCCUCCAUCUAUCCAGACCACGUUAAGCCCAACAGGCCCUUCUUCGCCACCAGACCAACAGAAUCCCUCCACUAGUGUUUCUCCAGUGGGGUCAGACCUUGAUGCUAUAGAGACCGCCAGUCCAUUGCCCACAGAUGCACCGCAGGGCGAUUCUAUAGAGCAUUCUACCGCAGCAGAGCCUUCUGCUGAUCCACUCAAACCAACCCAGGAACCAACCAUCCCCCAAUCAUCUGAACCCACCCCUAAACCUCAGGACAAACCAAACCCUUCCAAUCCACAGACAACUACAGCCCGUGUGGAUAAACCCACUCCUAAACCUGGGACUGUGGAUGAUUCCAGAAACUACCAAGCAGAUGACAGUAAUGACACAAAUUUGUGCAGUGGGCGGCCAGCCAGUGCAAUCACCACACUGAGGAAUGGCACCAUUGCAGUCUUCAGAGGUCAUUACUUCUGGUUUUUGGACCGAAACAGGGUGCCAGGUCCUGCUCGUGGCAUCACACAAACCUGGGGUGUCCCGUCCCCCAUUGACACGGUGUUCACCCGGUGUAACUGUCAGGGCAAAACAUACAUCAUUAAGGGAAACCAGUACUGGAGAUUUGAGAAUGAUCAUUUGGACCAGGGCUAUCCAAAGGCUGUGGAGACAGGAUUUGAUGGACUUCGGGGCCACAUCACAGCUGCUCUGUCUGUGCCCGAGUACCGCAGGAGGACAGAAUCGGUCUAUUUCUUCAAGAGAGGUGGAUUGGUCCAGAAAUAUUCCUAUCGGCCUGGCAGCAGUAGUUCAUGUAACAAGAAACCACACUAUGCCAUUUAUACAGUCCGCAGCAGAGUGGUUCGGCAAGCAGUGUCUCUUUUAGGGCCGACAAUUAACAUCAGGACGUCCUGGCGAGGGUUCCCCACGACCAUCACCUCUGCUGUAUCUGUCCCGACGAACAGAGAACCAGAGGGAUACAAAUACUACGUCUUCUCUAGAUCUAAAUCAUACAACAUUAGGAUGGACAGUGACCGGCCCGUUAUCGCUUCCCCGAGAGGAAACCCUUCUGCUCAGAACAACAACUUCAUCAAAUGCCCAAAAACGCUCUAAAUAAAGCCCACAGGCCACUUUAAGAAAUUUGCCUUCACAUUGUAAUAGUUGAAAACUUUUAAUAACAUUCUUUAAAAUAACGCAUCGCUUCGGUAUGGACUGCGAAAACGUAUCCUUUGUAUUUGUUUGAUUAAAAACAACAACAACAACAACAAAAAAAACUAGAGAAUGCGAACCCUGGAAUGACAGAAGUUCUGUCUGGGAAGUUUUCUGCUUGUUGAAGCUUCAUCUGGCGAUGCGUCUGCCAUGGCCUCCCCGGGAAGGAAAUGCUUGACCUGUUGGGAGUAUAUACAUCCAUGGGUGUAAUCAAGUACAGUGGCUGUAAAUAAUGUGCAUCACAGUUCUGAAAAUGAACAAGCAUGUCAUAGAAAUAUUCAUUAUGUUAUCAUCAUUACACUCUGUAACUUUACAUUUGAUUUGAAAUAAAGAUGGUUAUAUUGUCAA